ACUAAGACGUCACAGUGAUCAGGUCCAACCUGUGAAGAAAAACAGACCCAAUACAUGUGCAGGCAUACAGCUACUCUAUUCCUGUUCGGACUGACGCCUGAGCUGCCUAUUCCAGGGCCUGGAUUUUUCACAAUAGUCCCAGUCAUUUCUGUCUGUGCUAGCCGACUUCAGUGGAUCAUCGUGCAGAAAUGCUGUGGGUGUGGAUAUCACUGUGCCUCAUGUGGCAAGGAACAAGUGGCUUCAUGAUCCACAACAACAUGGAAAGCCUGUGCCUUGAGGACUCCCUCAGAGAUGGUGGAGUUCAGUUAAAGAGAUGUAGUGUGAACUCAGAGCUCCAGCAGUGGGUCUGGACUGAGCGGCUGUUCCUCAUGAAUGUACACACACAAAGGUGCCUGUCUGCCUUCCCCACGAACCCAAUCCAAACUCUUGACUGUAAUGGUGAGGAAGAUCUGCAGUGGCAGUGUAUGAACCACAGGCUCAUCAGCCUGAGUUAUUCCCUGGAGCUAGGUGUGCACAGAGGAAGCUUGGCUCUAAUCAACACAGGGAAAAGCACCAGGUGGAAGUCUCUGGAUCAAGGAGACAUCUGUCAGGAGAAGCUGAGAUCCAGAAGGGACAGUGAGACGGCUGAGUUUCAAGCCACGGAGGUCACCAUGACAGAGAAAGAGAGAAAGUAUCUCAGGUGGUACUACCGCACUGAAGACGCAACACCCUGGAAAUUUGCCAUGCUAGUCUUGUCUUUCGUGGCUCUGCUUUUGGGAGGUGUGCUCUGUGUCAUGGGAACAAUGAAUAACAAACAUCGGAGAGAAAUAGCCAAGUACAAGACCACCAUUGCUGCAUAUCCUGCCACAAUGAAAGUGGAAAUGGAGAAGCUUCAAGUCAUCACUGAGAUCAAGGAGGACAACGACUCCUACACUGGCCAAACACAAGAUGGACAACUAGACAGCAAGGCACCACUGGAGGGAGCUAGUGAGACCGAGGAGCUGAAACCUGGUGACAUUAUAGUUACAUGGAAGGAUGGAAAUGUCUCCAAACUCAACUCUGAUUCUCAAGAGGAGGGUGAAGAGGACAAGUGAUAUUGGACUGAGAGGCAAAACAGAGUCCCGUUUUCUUACCUUGAAUUCUAAUAAUAAUUCAAAUGUACAUGGUUUAAAAGGCUGGUUAAGAUAACUGCACAGUUUAGGAUUUCCUUUGCCCCAACAAAUUUGAUUCAACACAUAAAGGUUUUUGUAAUAGACCAAUGCCAAACCCUUACUUGCACUUGGUUACUCUUAUUUUGUAGAUCAAGCCUUUAAAAACAUGGCUGGAGUUGUUGAGUUAAGCCGAAAGAUAGCCAGUGAGACCAAGACAGUGUAUAUUCUCUAUCUACUCGAAUCUGAUUGGUUAGAAGGUGUUGUUUAAUGUUCUGUCAGAUUCAUAUUAACGCACUUAUUUUAAUACGAUAUCAUCUAGUAACUAUCAAUAGUAACAGUUUACUCACAGGGAGUUUAAUGGUAGAUGCUCCACCAUCAUCUAAGUCUAAUAAACAGAUUUAAAAAACAAAAAACAAACAAACAAAACAAAACCCUUUUCUUAAUUAACAAGGAAAACAUACAGUCAUGGAUAUGAAGUUCUCUGUAAUGAUGCAUUCAUGGAAGGGUUCUCCAGUGCCAGCACUUUUAAGAUAUCAGUAAUUUUUCCACCAUGGCAAAAUCUUCAGGACUGAUGACCUACACGAUCAGCCGCAUUUUUUUUUUACUAUUUUGUGCCAUGAACAUUAUGCAUAACUAUAAAUGGAUAAAAAGUAUGUGUUCAUUUAUAAAUUAAAAAUGGUAAUAAUUGGCAAAUUUGUGUGAUAUAAAAGAGGAAUAAAGCAAUUUGGCAUGUGCUGUAGUUAGAACAGA